AUGGCAGUGGCAGGCCGGGAGCUGGCGCGGGACCGGGCGCGCUUCGUCUACGUGACCCGCUUCGGCUCGCACCAGUGUGGCGGCGUCCUUCCGCUGGGCGGCCGCAGGGCUCAGGGCUCGAGGAACGCCGGGCUCACGCACGGCCACAGCCAGGAGAAGCCGCGGGCGGCAGCGCCGGGGAAUCCAGGUGCUGGGGAGCUGCGCCUUGGCUUCCGGCCGGGGCCCUCGCGGCCUCCUCCCCCGCGCCGGCGUCGAGUGAGCCCGAGCAGGCGCAGGCCCGCGGCGCGUGCCGGCGGCGCGGCGGGCUGGGCGGGCGGGGCCUGCGGGCCAGCUGACCUCUCCGUCCGUUUUAGCAGCCGUCUUGCCAGGGGCUCGAGUCGUUUGAACGGCAGUGGGCCACUCACCGUGGACGGCCCUCCUGUCGGUCUGGGGACGGAGAGCCGAGUCCGAACUGCGCUUCGCGGUUGCCCCGAGAAGCCGCAGAAGUGCAAUGAAGGUUUAACCCAGAAGAAUUUAGCUAAAGAGUUUGACUUCCCUGUACAUUUGAGUGAAACUUCCAAAAUAAUGAAGAAGAACAAAAAGGUUUUAGUAUGGAACGGAGUGUACAAAGUCAUUUCAAAGAUGCUUGAAGAGAAUGAGAAAUACAGACUUAGGCUGAAAUGCCAACAGUUGUCUAGAGAAAAUUCAAAAGAUAGAAAAUGAAUCUUCUUGUCAUCUUCUGGUAAGAAUACACUUAGAUAAAAAUUAAAAGGUAUAGACUUUUCCCUUCACCUUUCCAUUCUACCAUCUCCAAC